AUGCACGUCCUCUCCGCCGUCACCGUAGCGCUGGCGGCCUUUUCGUCCAGCACUCUUGCUGCAAUAUGCCACCACGAGGCCAAAGGUGAAAAUUGCAUGAGCAAAGAUGAUGCCAAGAGAGCCGUCGCGGCUUACUGCCGUGGUCACUUUCACAGGAAGUGUGUCAGUUGGAAGAAAGUCGAGGGCACUGAGGGAGGCGUCGGAUACGUUGCCCAAAACGGUAAAUUCAAGAAUGAAGAUCUGUGCGUUAAGGCUGGUCUGUUAAUUGUCGAACAAUGUUAUGGAAUUGCGGCCGGUGGUUCUCGGACACGCAGAUUUUCUGCUCUCGACUUCAGGUACUGCGAGUGGUGA